AUGGUUCACAUGGCGGGUUGGCCGAAGGGUUCGGCCGAUAAAUUCCUGCAUUCCACACCUGUUGCUAAGACAAUAACUCUAUAUCCUUUAAAAAGUUACAGUUUUGGAACAAAAGAACCUAAUUAUGAACGUGAUAGAAGUGUGCCAGCUAGAUUUCAACGUUUACAAGAAGAUUUUGAAAAGUAUGGAAUGCGUCGUUCAGUUGAAGGCAUUCUACUUGUACAUGAACAUAACCUGCCUCAUGUUUUAUUACUUCAACUUGGUACAUUUUUUAAACUUCCUGGUGGUGAACUACAUCCAGGAGAAGAAGAAAUUGAAGGCUUGAAACGAUUAUUAUCUGAGAUGUUAGGUCGUACAGAUGGUGUUCCAGUCGAUUGGAUUCCAGAAGACUGUAUUGGUAAUUGGUGGCGACCAAAUUUUGAACCACCUCGUUAUCCAUAUAUUCCUGCGCAUAUUACUAAACCAAAAGAACAUACCCGCCUAUUUUUAAUUCAGUUGCCUGAAAAAACCCUGUUCGCUGUACCAUCAAAUUAUAAGCUAGUUGCAGCUCCACUGUUCGAAUUAUUUGAUAAUGCUAGAGCCUAUGGUCCAAUCAUUUCUUCUCUGCCUCAAGUAUUAAGCCGUUUCAACUUUGCCUACAAUGACUAA